AUGAAUUCGAAAUUGUAUAGAGAUGCAAAAUCCACCAAUGCCGGAAUUUUCCCUGAGGCCGAGCAGAGGUUUCCCAGUUCGCUUGGAACGAAGAUUAUCAAUGACAAAUCCAACCAGAUCAGUGCAACAAAUUAUCCAAUAGAGUUCGACAAAAUAAACUGA